UUAGAUCAAGAACAUUUGUAAAGAAGAUGGACAACUCCCUCGUUACGAGGUCUCGCAAUAAAUGUUGGUUCGUUUUCUUCUUUUUGUUUGUUUCUUGGUACUUAUUGCUUUAUGGAAUUGAUUGGUCUUCUCUACAUGGAGUUGUAACAACAUCAAGGUACGAAGCGAAUUCAAUUGAAUCCUUUCAUCCAACUUCUAUUCCUCCUCCACCUCCCCCUCAUCAUGAAAACGUUAACGUUAGCUUCAAUUCCAAUUCUUCAAGUAUUAAUAAUGAUGAUGCUACAAACGACGAUACGCAAUCCAAGGAGGACGACUCAUCCUCUAUUGAAAACGACAACGUGGUAGUACCUGAUUUGGCGGAACUUGAGAAAGAAUUGGAACCUUUGUUAAGGAAAAAUGAACCCCAAGAAGAAAAAAAGGUUGAGAAAAUCGAAGAAAAGAAGGUUGAGAAAAACGAAACAAAAGACGAUAACAAGGGACGAAAAUCGUGUGAAGGACGAUAUAUUUAUGUAGCACAAAUACCUAGUAAGUUCAAUGAAGACAUGUUGAAGCAAUGCAAAUUGUUAAACAAGUGGGAAGAUAUGUGCCAAUAUUUGGUGAACAUGGGACUUGGCCCUGAUCUUGGAAACCCUCAAAGGGCUUUUUCAAAUAAAGGUUGGUUUACGACGAAUCAAUUCUCGUUAGAAGUCCUAUUUCAUAACAGAAUGAAACAGUACGAUUGUUUAACGAAUGAUUCUUCGAAAACAUCAGCAGUUUUCGUGCCAUACUAUUCAGGGUUCGAUGUUGCAAGGUAUUUAUGGGAUGAUUUUAAUACAUCAAUGAGGGACGCAGGUGCAAUUGAGGUUGCGAAAUUUCUUAAGAAAAAACCCGAAUGGAGAACAAUGUGGGGCAGAGAUCAUUUCAUGAUUGCAGGGCGAAUUACGUGGGAUUUUAGGAGAGGUAUUGAGGAGGACGCGGCUUGGGGGAACAAAUUAAUGUUGUUGCCCGAGACAGAAAAUAUGACUAUUUUGACAAUUGAAUCGAGUCCUUGGAAUAGGAAUGAUUUCGCGAUACCAUACCCUACUUAUUUCCAUCCUUCGAGUGAUAGUGAUGUGUUCCAGUGGCAGAACAGGAUGCGAAGGUUAAGGAGGAGGGUGCUAUUCUCGUUCGCUGGGGCCCCACGUCCCCAGCUGGAAGAAUCAAUACGAAGCGAGAUAAUGGAACAGUGCUUGGCGACUAGGCGAAAAUGUAAACUCUUGGAGUGUACAGACUUGCACAACAAAUGCAACAAGCCGGUACAUGUGAUGAAGCUAUUCCAAAAUUCAAUUUUUUGCUUACAACCCUCGGGGGAUUCCUUCACGAGGAGGUCUACUUUCGAUUCAAUUUUGGCUGGUUGUAUACCGGUGUUUUUCACUCCAGGGUCCAUGUAUGUUCAAUAUAUAUGGCACUUACCGAAGGACUAUACAAAAUACUCUGUGCUUAUUCCCGAGGAUGAUGUGAGGAAAAAGAAAGUGAGCAUUGAAAAUGUACUAUCUAAAAUACCAAGAUCACAAGUAGCAGCAAUGAGAGAGGAAGUGAUAAAGCUUAUACCAAAUGUGGUUUAUGCAGACCCAAGAUCAAGAUUAGAGACAGUUGAAGAUGCAUUUGAUUUGGCAGUCAAAGGGGUUCUUGAAAGGGUGGAUGUAAUGAGAAAAGAGAUGAGACAAGGCAAGAAUGAUAGUAUGGUGUUUAAUGAAGAAUAUAGCUGGAAGUAUUAUACUUUUGGAACUUUAGAAAAGCAUGAGUGGGAUCAUUUCUUUUUGAGAACCAGCAAGGAGAAGUACUAAAUUAAAUCCUUUGUCAAAAGGCUUGCAAGUUAGGUGUAGUCUCUAUCUUGCUAGUUUUGUGUAAAGUAUGUAUUUUAUCUCAUAUCUGUUGUAUGCCCUAUAGAGUUUUUGUUUAUAAAGAUUUUAUACACGGUUCCUUUGACAUGGAAGUUCUCAUUUCCUUACAA